AUGUCUUUCUACGUGGCCCCUCCUCCGCCCGCGACCAAACUCGGCGUCUACCGCACUCUCUCCGCAAAGGCUGGGAUCCACGUCUCCCCGCUGCAGCUCGGUGCGAUGAGCAUCGGCGACCAGUGGGAGAAGCUGGGCAUGGGAUCCAUGGACAAGGCGUCCAGCUUCAAGCUGCUCGACGCGUAUUUCGACGCAGGCGGGAACUUUAUCGAUACAGCGAACGGAUACCAGGACGAGACUUCGGAAAUGUUCAUCGGCGAAUGGGCCGAGAAGCGCGACAUCCGAGACCAGCUGGUUAUUGCGACCAAGUACACCAGCGGAUUCAAAGCGCGGCAGGACAAGUACGCCCAAAAGGUCAACUACGUCGGCAACAACGUCAAGUCGAUGCACCUCAGCGUGGAUGCCAGUCUCAAGAAGCUGCGCACACACUACAUCGACAUCCUGUACCUGCACUGGUGGGACUGGGACACCAGCGUCGAGGAGGUCAUGGACGGACUGCACAACCUCGUGGUGCAGGGCAAGGUUCUGUAUCUCGGAAUUUCGGACACCCCCGCCUGGGUUGUUGCGCAGGCGAACCAGUACGCGCGCGACCACGGCAAGUCGCAGUUUGUGAUCUACCAGGGCGCAUGGAAUGUGAUGGGGCGUGCGUUCGAGCGCGAGAUCAUUCCCAUGGCUCGCGCAUACGGGAUGGCUCUCGCUCCGUGGAACGUGCUGGCCGGCGGGAAGCUGCGCACCGAUGCCGAAGAAGAGGCGCGUCGUGCUUCAGGAGAGAAGGGCCGCGUGAUUUUCGGACCAAAUUGGGAGCGCAAUGAGGACGAGAGGAAGAUGUCCGCUGCUCUGGAGAAGGUGGCUGGCGAAGUCGGAGUGAAGCACAUCACCUCUGUCGCAAUCGCCUACUUGAUGCACAAGGUUCCCUAUGUCUUCCCAAUCAUCGGUGGCCGGAAAAUCGAACACCUCAUGGCCAAUGUCGAGGCUCUGGACGUGAGCUUGACUCCGGAACAGAUUGUCUAUCUCGAAAGCGUCCUUCCGUUCGACCCUGGCUUCCCCAACAUCAUGAUUGGCGAUGGGCAGAAGCAAAGCAAUCUGAUGAGAUCUAUCGCACAUUUCGAUCGUUUGGCUGUUCCCCAGCCCAUUAGCCACGGGAAGCAGUAGAUUUGUCAAAAAGUCGUUUGUGCAAAACUCGAUGUCUUGAUAUUCUGACAGAAUGCAUCUCAUACAUCAUGCAACGAUCACCCCAGCUCUUUUGAGUGAUCCGCACCAUGAGUUGGCAGAUCUGUUCGCCUUGCCUUUAUGGCUCAUUGUACUCGAAUAAAAUCACUGGCUCAUGGGAAUGCAUCAAAC